AUGUUUUCUAAACAAUUUCUAAUAAUUUUCUCAAUUUCAAUAAUCGGAUCGAUCAAUUCAAAUACCUGGUCAUAUGUGAAUCGUCCCUAUUCUGACAUACCGUAUUCAAUUCGAGUGUUCUUCAAAACAAUCCCCGCAUUGUAGGUGAUAUAAUUUUUCUAUAUUUUUGGAAAAUUACAGGAUUCCCAAAGUGCUUAAUGGAAAUGAUAACUUUGAAUCGUUAACUGAGCUCACAUCUUACAUGCAUUUGACAAAUUUGACAGUUAUUGUGUGCGGAGAAACUUUAGGAACAGGUACAAAAAAUGGCUGAUAGCCCAAAACUUUAUGACUUCAGGUGCUGCCGGAAGAUCUGCACUGAUUGAUUAUAUAUUCUACGAACAAAAUCGUUACAAUGCAACUUUAACUGAAACACCAGAUGUUAAUUUGAUUCAACAUCCCGAAGAUUCUCUAAAUUUUGUGAUGAAUAUAACAAUGAGAAGUUCGAUGGGAUUCUAUGAUAAUAGAACAAUCAAAAUCAGUGCAAUUGAUAUUGAAAUAAGUCCGAUCCGUUUAUCAAAUUAUAUUCUCAAUAGAUUCGAAGUUAGUGGAAGUUGUUUGGAUUCGAAAAAUAUAAAUAAAACUUUGAUUGUUAAUGAAUGGGUCCCUAAAUCUAAAUAUGUUGACAAAACUGCGAAAGAAUUUAUGAAGGAAGUCAUUGGAAAUAUUCCAUUUAGAGAUCAGCACUUCUUCGAUAAUAGAUCUAUAAUUUUUCUAAAAGGACAUAUAUCUCUCACGCACAGUAAGUUCCUUGCUUUUUUUUUAAAUUCAAUCACAUUUCUCUUCAAGUAACAUACUUCGGAUGGCUUCGAAAAUUCAGCCGACACUUCAAACAUCGAGCUGAAUUGUAUUCUUCAAUUAUUUCUGAGAACAUUGAUCAUAUCGUUUUCCGAACUUCACAUGUCUUCGAAAAUAUCAAAAACAAUGAGAAAACUGAAGUUUGGCAUUUUAUAAUUGAAAUAAUUUUCGAGAAUUCGAAUUGGACUAUAAGACAAAUGCAGUUUAGACCAGAUUAUAGUCUUUUUCGGAAUAUUGCAAGGCGAAGAGAAGCAAUGAUGAUAGAAGUUGAUGUAUUGAUUCAAGAGUGGGUUAUAGAAGCGUUUCAAAUUUCUCACUUCGAAAAUUUUUUGUUCAGAAUCGAAAACGUUGCUCAAAGUAGAUCAACUAAGAAUUGGUUUCACAUAAUGUAUUACGGAAAUUUGUUAAAAUUUGAUAAUCCCGAAUUGAUUCCAAAAUAUGCUCACAAGACUGAUCUUUUCGCUAAAAUAUUCAAAAUUCCUUCGGCAGUUCAGCUAGAAAAAUGUGACAAAUUUCCGAAAGAUGAGGGAAUGAAUUUGACUAUUAUAGUAACUUGUAAAUAUUGGCUUCAUUCAAGUGAGAAUCAAAAAUUGUCUAGAAAAAUACAACUGGAAGUCACUGGAGAAAUGGUAAGCUGCAAAAGCUGGCCGACUUCAAAUUUUUGAAUUUUUUAGGAUAGAUUUGUGCUCAUUGCUGUUAUCACUGGUAUUCGAAUAAUUGAUCCAAUUAAAAUCAAAAGUUCAGAAAACUUUGGAUAUUAUGUUGUAAGCUUUUUUGUUGACUGAGGGAUUUUUCUGGAUUAUUUUACUUUCAGAAAGGCUUGGUUCAAUCUAGAAAACAAGAGCAAAAUCACAAUUUCAUAGCGAAAGAAAUAGCUAGUUUAUUAAUUGGACAAUCAAGUGUUGAAUAUUCGAAUUGGACAACUAACUUUGAAAAACUCGAAGAAUUUAUAGAUGAUGAUAAUUUCAAUCUGAAAAUUUGUGGAGAAUCUUAUAAACAAAAUUCAGCUAAAAUACUCAAAAAAUAUCUGGAAAGAAAUCGAAGAUUGACUAAACUUAUGAUUUUCAAUGCGGAAAUGUUCACAAAAAGUUCGAAAUCAGAAAUAGAAUUCAAUGUUUCAUACACUUCUACAAAUUCAAUGGGCUUUUUCAUAACAGAAAAUUAUAAAAUUGUUGCUAUGAGAAGUUUUUGGGGAAAUUGGGGAAUACAAUCAAUGGAAAUUGAGGGAGCUUGUAUUUAUGAUAACUUGAACCCGGAAUUUAUAUAUCCAAUGGAGAAUUUAUAUAUAAAUGAAGAAAGGGAAAAUGAAAUUGAUAAAUUUAUUGAGAAUAAUAGGUUAGUGAGUUUUUCAGGAAAUUUUUUGAAUCUGCAAAUUUCCAGAUGUUCCCCACCUGAAUAACCCUGAUAUUUUCAGCAAUCAAUAUUCCAAAGACUUCAAAGGAUACCUAAUAGCAAAUCCAAACAUUAGUGAAACUUAUAAAUCGCAAGAAUAUGAAAAAUAUAUUCUACAUUUUCUAAAGUUUAAUAAAUUAAGAAACAAAUCUCAUCCAAAAAUAAUUAUAAACGAAGAAAACCACGUGGUUUUGAGAAUUGAAAAAUAUUUUGAUCAUUUUUUAUUGGGCACAAAUAAGUCGACAAAUGAUGAAUGGAUAUUUUUGAUUGAAGUUAUGAGAAACUUCGAGGGAUUCUGGGAGAUAACAAAACUUGUGAUGUCACCGAAAUUAGAAAUUAUUGUGAAUAAUAUUAUUCCAAAAAGAGCUGCGAAUUAUCAUAUGAUGCACAUGGAUCAGCAGUAAGAUUAUCCAAAAAAAAUGAACUCCACCAAUAAAAUUUCUCUAGGUAUUUGGAAAUCAUUCAGAAGGUUCCCGUUAUUCCAAAAAUCAAUGAAACAGUGGAUUUCAACAACUGCGAGACUCAAACUUUCAAUCACACAGUAACAGAAUACUCCCGGUUUUUGCGAAAAAUUUUGGCUUACUCAAAAUUAGCUGCCCCCAGAGCCUCUUUGAAUUUUUGGAAAAAAAUACCGAAAAAUUUCAAACUAGAUGGGUUUGAUUUUGAAAUUAGUUAUGAAUUUGUGAAGAAUGGGAUUGCGAAGGCUUUUGUUGUUAAACAUUUUGCGGAAUAUGUGAGGGAAUUGAAUUUUGGGGAAAUUUGAAAUAGUGAUUUUUCAGAAUUUCAAAUAUGGAUACUAUCAUGAUGUGAAACUUGAGAUAACUUGUCCGAAAGCUGUUUUCAAGCCUGGAGCUGGGAUUUUGGGAGAAUGA